GAGGCCGGCGGCCGCCGAGGAGAUCGCCUCGCUCUGGCGGCGGUGGCUCGAGGGCGGGGCCGCCGCUGGGCUCUCCUCGCGCUGGGGCCACUGCGGCAGCGCGCUGCGCGAGGUCGAGCGUUGGCGCCGCUGCGCCGCGGAGCCGGGGCACAGGCGCCGUGCGGGGGGAGCGUCGGUCGCCGACGCCGUGCUGGUGAACGUGGUGGCCGAGCACAUCUGCACCGAGGCGCGGACCCCACCCCAGUCCGCGCCCGUGGAGCUCCUCUUCGACCUCGCCCGGGCCCUGGGCGGCGCCGGGUUGGCGCCGGGCGCGCGGCUGGUCGAGCUGCUGGAAGUCCAGGUGCGCCGGAGCCUGCGCGGCGCCGCCGCCGGCGAGGCCCUCCCAGUGCCGCUGGCCGUGGAGCUCGCGAGCGGCCGUACGCCGGUGAGGUGCACCCGAGGGGCGCCGUACUGGAGGGCGCUGGUGCUGUCGAUCGUGGCGAAGAUGCGCACGACGCAGGAGGUGGCCGCCUUCUGCCGCAACGGGCCGAGCGCGGAGCUGUGGCAGGACGUGGCGCGGGAGGCGGGGGGCUGGCGGUCGCUGGAGCUGCAGAUCCGCUUGGCGGCGUGAGCCGCCCCCCCCCCCCCCCGUGGCGGCGGCCCCGAGGCCCUCCGUCCCGCCUCACCCCACCCC